AACCUGCAUUGUCUAGUGUCAUGUGUCAACUGUCAUUAGAAACUUGUAAAUUUGAGCUGUUUUUACUUUGUACGAAUUUUACUUUCGAGACUAACUAUUUAAUAGAUAUUUGAUUUAAAAUUCACUUAUAUUAAUAAUUAACUUAUACCAGUAUCGUACAUAUUUGAAACCCUGAAAAUGGCGCAAGCACUUCCAAAUCCCAACACGUUAUUGCCACUGGAACUUGUCGACAAAUGUAUAGGGUCGCGUAUUCAUAUUAUUAUGAAAAAUGAUAAAGAAAUGGUUGGAACGUUACAAGGUUUUGACGAUUUUGUUAACAUGCUGUUAGAUGACGUCACAGAAUAUGAAUCAACACCAGAAGGCAGAAAAAUAACUAAGCUUGAUCAAAUACUUCUUAACGGUAUGAAUAUAGCCAUGUUAGUUCCUGGUGGAGAAAUGCCGGGCGAAUCAUAUGAAGGACAAUAGUUAGCAUUUUGUAAUAAUACACUACACAUAAGAAUUUAAGAAAUAAAUAUUAAUAACAUUA